AUGCUGGAGCUUCACGUCUGGGGACCAGCCUUUGGCCUCGCUUCCAUCGACGCAGAGUGCCUUGCCAUCAUCACCUACCUGCACAAUGCGCCUCCCACCAGCGGCUGCCGCCUCAUCCCGAGCAACGAUCCUUCCGUAUCCCCAUCAGAUCUUCUCCCUGCUCUCAACCACGCUGGCAUCUGGACCAGCGGUUACCGUCCGAUAGUGAACUACCUCGUCUCAAAGUCACUUUGCACAAACCUCGAUACGACCUUGAAUCCUACACAGCAAGCGGACACCGUCGCAUAUAGCGCUUACUUGCUUGCCAAUGCAGGGCCCCUCGUCGACCUUUCUCUCUAUGUCUCGGCUGCAAACUGGUCUGCGACAACAAGACCGGCUUAUAGCGCCUUGCUGCCGUUUCCCUUGACAUGGACACUGCCGCCGUUGCUACGGGCCGAUGCCGCCAAGCGCGCAGAGCACCUCGGCCUUGCGGAGUUGGAUACAGACUUUGAUCCUAACGGCGGACUGCACUUGACUGCGGGCAGAGACGCCUUGCCCGAGACAUUUCGCAGGCAUUUACCCGUGCGGACGAAGAAGACUGUACGGGAGGAGAUGACUCCUGAGCAGGCUGCUGCUAUACGGUUAUGCGGGGUGACUGAGGACUGUCUAUCUGUUGUGAAUUCGUUGCUGGGAGAGAGCGGCUCCGAGGACAAGUCGCUGCGGUUCUUUGGUGGUAGCUCGCCGACGUCUCUCGAUUGCUUGGCGUAUGGAUUUCUGGCUCUCAUGGUGGUACCAGAUGUGCCUAGAAGCUUUCUCAAAGACUGGAUUCAAGCUGAGACUCCACGGCUGAGGAGAUUCGUAGAGUCAAUGGCUCCUACAGAUUUGGCGUGGUCUUCUGCGACGCCAUCUACGUUUGUGGGCUCGUCGACUCGCAUAGCCGAUUCUAUUGUUCGCAACAUUCCCAGUAUUGGGGAACACUAUACUAAUGAAAUGCGAUAUCGAGCUGAAUCUGGUAUCACAGGCCUAGAUCAGAGAGCGGUGAUGAUGCUUAUGAGCGUCAUGAUUACAGGCGCGGCGGUUGGAUAUGGACUACACAUGUACAAGAAUCUACAACCAUUUGGCGCCAGGAGACAAGUCUGGAGGCAGCUUCGUGGUGGAUCCAGGUUGAGCCAAUUUGGGGACCUUGGCAGUAUGCUGAAUAGUGCCAUGGGAGCAUAUCAACCAGAAUCACGGCCCAAUAAUUUGGAGUCUAGUGGUCGUCUGGUGGACGUUGACUCGGAGUCGGCGUUGGACUGA